ACGAGCAUCAGAUCAUGUGACUACUCACAGCAAACAGUAGCUGGUAGCUUAUCUGUCUGUAUUUAUUAGAAAUUAUUUUAUGUUAUGUUUUAGGUAUCAUAAAUAUAGUCAUUAUGUUGUUAGUGUUAUCUGACGAGCAUAAGGAGCACCUCGGGUUUUUAUCUGAUGUAGACCCAGCGGUUGUUGGCGAGUUUGGCAGAAUUGCUGUGGAGUUCCUGAAGAAAGGCUCAAACCCUAAAAUCUAUGAGGGAGCAGCAAGAAAGCUGAGUGUCCCAGCAGAGACGGUGCAGCAUGGCGUUGAGGGACUGAUGUUUAUUCUUACUGAAAGUUCAAAGCUUAUGAUCUCUGAAGUGGACUUUCAGGACUCGGUGUUGGUGCUGGGUUUUUCAGAGGAGCUCAAUAAACUCCUGCUACAACUGUAUUUGGAAAACAGGAAGGAGAUCCGUCAGAUUCUGAGUGAACUCGCCCCGUCUCUGCCCCACUAUCACAACCUCGAGUGGCGGCUUGAUGUCCAGCUGGCCAGCAGGGCUCUGAGACAGCAGGUCAAACCUACAAUCAGCCUGAAGCUCCAUCUGGAGAGUGGAGACACGCAGAGCGCCCGUGUUCUACAGACGGACCCUGCCACACUGCUGCAUCUGAUCCGGGAGCUGGAGCGAGCGCUCGCUGAGGUCAAGAGCAACCACUGCCGCCGAAUCCUCCGCAACAUCAAAUAGGAGUGUACAGAAAGUGGGCACUAGAUGGUGUGAAAGGUCACCUAAUGCAGUGUUCAGGAGCAUUUCUGUUCUGCACAUUUUACAGCAGUUAGUUUUUAGUUCAUGAACUGGUGAGUCAGGUGUGUUGUAACAGGAAAAUGUGCAGUGUAGGACCAGGCACAUGAACUCUGAAGUGCUUGAUACAAUAAAGGCUUAAGUGAAGACACUUAAAGUCCUUCAGUGUCAUCACCUGAAUGUAAAACUCUCAACACUCAUUUAACAAAGGUAUGAAUAAUGUUAGAGCUCGAGCGUUUAUGCAUAAUGUUUUAAUUUUUGUCUUUUUUGACAGUUUAGUUGUUCUAUGGACAUAACAAUAUCAGUGUUUUUCUUUAUUAUCUGGAAAAAAAAACAUUUUGGGACCAUUUCUAAACUUACUGAGGCUGAAGAGUGAAAUUAAUUUUCAUUUUUGCUUUUAAUAAUGUUCAAAAAUAAAUUUUCUCUAAAUCUAAA